AUUUCUAGUCGAAAUAAAACAGUUUAAACGUGAAUUAAUUGAGUUGUCGUUGAAAUUGUCAAACGAAUAAAAAUAAAUGAUUCGGAUAAACGUGACAAACAAUAUUAUAAACUGCAGUAUCAUAUGUAUAGGGCAAACUUUGCAAAAUUAAAGAGAUUUCAAUCAAACUUUCGUGUUCUUACAUGUGAUACGGGAAUGACCUAAUCUCGAGAAGAGAUAACAGUUAUAUCUUCGAGUGGCCUGAUUCUUCAGUAUUACAUUAACGCGUGAAACAAACACAUCAGGACAAGCAAUUUUGACAAAUAUCUCACGGUUGCUUGUUUUCUCAAAACAAAGAUAAAAUCGUUAGACACACUUCGAAACAAUAAGCGUGUAACCGACAAACGGUCUAACUUUAUUUUUAUUCUUAUCUCUGAAGUUUAUUCUCGUGACGUUCACGGUUUUCUCUGAAGGAUAAAUUUUAUCGUUUCGAUACAUAAAAUAAGAUAUUGCGAUAGAAUUUUAAGAAAGAUGAAAAAUGCGGACGCAAGUUACAUCAACUGGCAACGAUUCGCCGUGUGCCCGAGUCCACCGGAAGAGAUAUUGCGUUCUGUUUCCUUACCUGAAAAAACCCUAACCGGUCCCGGUCCGAGCAAUUGUUCGGAUCGAGUUCUUCAUUCACUCGGACAACAAGUGAUCGGUCAUCUACAUCCGGAGAUGUGUCAGUUAAUGGAUGAGAUCAAAGCGGGAUUGCGAUACGCGUUUCAAACCAGAAACAGGCUCACUCUUGUGCUGAGCGCUUCCGGUCACGGUGGAAUGGAAGCUUGUCUGGGAAAUCUACUCGAGCCAGGCGAAAUCGCAGUUAUCACCAAAUGCGGCAAUUGGGGAGAACGCGCGGCCGACAUAGCCGAGCGUAUUGGCGCAAAUGUGAAAUUACUGGAGACACCGCUCGGUGUGCCGUUCGAUCUGAUCACUCUAAAGAAGGCUUUGCAGAGAUAUCGACCGGCGAUUGUGUUUGUCACUCACGCUGAAUCGUCGACGGGUAUGAAGCAACCUGUGGAAGGCAUUGGCAAGCUUUGUCACGAGCACAACGCUCUGCUGAUCGUCGACGCAGUGGCGUCUAUAGGUGGCGAGCCAUUCUUCAUGGAUGCCUGGGAAGUAGACGCGGUUUACACGGGAAGCCAAAAGGUCCUCGGCGCGCCUCCCGGAGUGACACCCGUGUCCUUUAGCCCGCGCGCUGAAAAAAAAUUAUUUCAGAGGAAGACGAAGCCAUCGGUUUACUACUGGGACAUGAGAAUCCUCGGCGAUUACUGGGACUGCUUCGACGGGUCGCAGCGCGUUUAUCAUCACACAAUAUCCGCUACGUUGAUAUACGGCCUGAGAACGGCCUUGGCGCAGCUCGCCGAAGAAGGUCUUCCCGCUUCCUGGGCGAGACACGCUGCGGCGGCCGACAGAUUCAGGCGGGGUCUUUGGAAACGCGGUCUCGAAUGUUACGUCGAGGAUCCUCAUUACCAAUUGUCAACCAUCAUCUCGAUAAAACCGCCACUUGGAGUCGAUUGUCGUGUUCUAACGACGCGAGCGAUGAACCGGUAUAAAAUCGAGAUCAGCGGCGGAUUGGGACCGACGGUCGGUAAAGUUCUUCGUGUUGGCUUAAUGGGAAUCAACGCGGAUCCGCGAAUCGUCGAUCGCGUGCUCGACGCUCUCGACGAUGCAUUGGCGCACCAGGCGCUUCGUGCGAAGCUUUAAAAACAAAAAACGGAAAUCGCAAAUAUCUCUCAUUAAUAUAAUAUAUUGAUGUAAUAUAAUAAUAAAAUUAUACGUUAGAAAUAAUAGGACAAGUCGACUGUGGUGUUGUUUUAGAUAUAAUGUAGAGAAAAAACCCAACUAGUCUGCUUGUUUAAUUGUAAUAAUAAUAAUCGGCAUUUUAAUUAACAAAUAGUUUUGGCACAGUACAGAAUAGCAUCGAUCUCCAUUCUCUAUUACAGGACUCUCGAAGGUAACGCGUCGCGUUUCUCAGCAGCUUAUACACGUUCGUAGAAAUACAAAAGAUCGUUUUUCUACAUAAAUCAACUCGCUCGCGUGUUUCUGUGUGUGAAAAAAAAACAAAGAACCUGUAAUAAAAUAAUUUUGAUUACCACUCGCGUACAUCGCAUGUAAAGUAAAUUCUUACAUUUUAUACAAAAGAGAGAGAGAGAGAGAGAGCGAAUAAUGCGAACGGACAAUGCGCUAGAUACAAACUUGUUUCUCCAGAUGUUAUACAAAAUUUCCGCGUUUAUGUACAAAUGUAGCGAGAUCGCUAUACAUUGUAACAAUCUCGCGUAAAAGCUGUAAUUAUUGCGACGAAUUGACAGAAAAUGUAUCUCUCAGCGCACGACGCGCUUUGAGACGUGAAAAAAAAAACCAAUCUCUCAAUAGGAUGCUAUCGCGACAACAAUCGUUCUUGAUAAUUCGUUCGCUUCUUUCUUUUUUUAUUCGUUUCGGCGCCAAAGCAGCGAUAAAUCUUUCUCUGCAACGUAACGUUACGUUACACCGGCCGCUCUUUCUUUCGUUUGCUUUUUUGUCGGCUAAUCUGUUAAGGUACUACAUUUAAUAAUAUAACAGGUAAACUCUUUUUCCUAUCUAUUUCGUUUCGUUUCCAGUGUGGACGUGCUCGUUACAGAGAAGAGACGUUUAUAAAUGUGAUCCUUACAUUUAAUUAAAAACAGCGUGUAUGCGCGUGUGAAGCAUGUCGCUUAAACUUAAACACGUAAUCAAUGUUAAACUCUCGUCUGAAAAAAAAUCAAUCGCACAUGAACAAUGACUUUAAAUAAUGGUGACAAUAGUAGAUUGAUAAGUAAAACGAAUAAAAUAUGCGCGCAUGGGGAUUCAAAGUGGUACUUAUUAAAAAGAGUUGUGUAACAUAUUAUAAAUAAUAUCAAGCAUAUCAAUGUGUGUUUGUGUUGUUUGUGUUUGUGCAUAUUGCUAGAAUAACAUCUAAUUCUAAGUCUCUUAAUUCUAUGCGUUUUUUAUGUACAAAAUGUUCAUGUAUUCGCAUACAUGGCAACGUUAACGUUCUAGCUGUGACUAUGAUAUAUGUCCGUAUAUACCGCUAGAGUUACGUGUUUUAAAAGGCACCUACGGUAAACGAUGUGAAUCAACGCCUUCGCACACGCGCGAACUGAACAAUACGACGAUCGAAAUGGCAAGUGGAAGCAGUCACGGUCACAAUAAUUGAGACUGAAUCAGAGGCGCGACAAUAUCCUCAUGACCGCGCGCGCGGUUUUGUACGGGUAAAUUUUCCGUCUACGGGCGGCUGAAUGACACUUCCUUCGUUGUCUAUAAUAACGACCUGCUAGAAGCUGAAUUAUCGCUGUGACACCAUUGCCGAUUGCACUUCCAGCGAGGCUGCGCGUUCUCAAGAGAGUACUAUUUUUUAAUGUUCAAUCUCGUGAUCGCACGUUUCCAAAUGAUUGAUUGCAUUUUUCUAAAACUUGUAUCAUCUAUACAAAAUCAAUAUAUAUAUGACGCGUGAGGAGUACAAAAUUAUAAACACAAGUAUGGCAAAUCUUCUGUAACCUCAUCGGUCUCUCUCGUUAUAAGACGUGCUGCUGAAAAAUUAUUUUCGAUAAGAAGCGCAUCGAAAGAAAAUUGCGUUCUCGAACGAUAUUUUGUCGUGGGAAUUAGAAACGUGGAAAUUAAAUUUUCCGAAAUCCGAUAAGAUUUUCGGUAUAAUUGUAAAGGAUUACAUAUUUCUACAAAUAAAUACAAAUUUAAAUAACACGAACUUACACUGGGUGCGUUAUCGCGCGUGUUAACGAAUAUUACUGCUUAUUAAAUCAUAAGAGUAACAACGUUUCUUGUCAAAAGCGAUUCAUGUGUAUACAUACACACAUAUAUAUAUA